GGACCUCGCCGGGGAGGACGAGACUACAACGCCCGGCGUCCUCCGGCUCGGGGCGGGCUCGCUUGUCCUUCGAUCGCCGGGCUUGAGGCUGAAUUGGGGAAGUGUGCGAGGGACUGACUCCGGCGCUGGCGCGGCGGGUGAGGUGAGAGGCUCGGCUGGUGCGCGGGCGAGCGCCUGCUUCUGCGCUUUUGGAGAGGCAGUAAGAUGGCUGUUCGAAAUGUACUCGUGACAGGCUGCUCUUCCGGCAUUGGGCUCGCCCUGGCGGUGCGUCUGGCCAGAGACGAGUUGAAGCGAUUCCGAGUUAUUGCCACCAUGAGGAAUUUGGAGAAGAGUCAAGAACUGGAGAAGCAUGCAGGGCCUGUGCUGGAGAAGACUCUGGAAAUCAAGGAGAUGGAUGUGACCAGUGAGGAAUCGAUCCGACGCUGUGUGGACACCAUCCCCCAGCGCAGGGUGGAUGUGCUUGUGAACAACGCCGGUUUAGGCAUGAUUGGACCGGUCGAAAGCCAGAGUUUGACCUCAAUGCAGCAGCUUUUUGAUACCAAUUUCUUUGGCUUGGUGCGCCUGAUCCAAGAAGUCUUCCCUGGCAUGAAGCGCCGACGACAGGGACAUGUCGUCGUGAUGAGCAGCGUCCUGGGCUUGCAAGGUCUCCUCUUCAACGACAUCUACUCUGCCUCCAAAUUUGCUGUGGAAGGUUUCUGCGAGAGCUUGGCCCUGCAGGCCCUGAAAUUUGGGGUCAACAUUAGUUUAAUUGAACCUGGGCCAGUGAUAACAGAAUUCGAGAGGAAGCUCUACGAAGAAGCAGCCAAUAUGGAUCUCUCUAUGGUGGAUAAAGAAACGCUGGAUAUAUUUCAGGGCUUCUACAUGUCCUAUUCCAAGGAAGUCUUCACUGCAUUGGGGCAAUCUCCCGAAGAGGUGGCUGAGCACGCUAUGAAAGUGAUCACUUCAGAGAAGCCUCCAUUUCGGUACCAAACCAACAGCCUCUACACGCCCAUCACCACCCUCAAGCACGCUGACCCCAGUGGGAACUUGCCCCUCAACGCCUUCCAUCAGAUGAUCUUCCAGCACGACCGGCUCUUCAAAGCCAGCCUCAGCCUCCUCAAAAUGCUCCAGUGGAGGAAGAGGCGGGACAUGGAGCCCAGCAGGUCCCCCUGAGAGGAAGCGGCUGCCCCGCCUCAGAGCCUCUCACUUCCACAGCCCACUCGCAGGCUUCCUAGAGAGUUUAGCAUUAAAUCCUGUGUGGCAUUAUACUCCCUAGAUGCCGGGGCAGCCCUACGACGAGGCAAAGUGAGGCAGCCCUUGCCUCAGGUGGCAGAUUCUGGAUGUCUCAUGGAGGCAACGUCUGAUCCAUUGGCUACCAUCUACUGGGGAGGUGGUGCGCUCUGAUAGUUCACAUUGUUUUCGGUUUCGAUUCUGCUGCAUUCGUGUCAGUUAACAAGAGGAAGGUGCUAUUUAGUUCUGUAGGGUUUGUUGUCAUUUUUGCCCUUGAGCACCAGGAAUUCCUGAGCCGAGAAAUUAUUGGCUGCUGCUGAGAUCUUGCAAGUCUCCUCACAGAAGCGGGCAAGGAAACCCAGCCUUCUGCUGCCGAAGAGCGUCCCAACAUCCUGCACAGGACCUGCCUCAGCAUCAUGUCCUCUCUGAACAUUUAAGAAUCUCAUUACCAGAAGUAGCCUGAAAUGUCAUCUAGUCUAACCUAGGCAAGCAGCAGGACUUGGUUAGGUUAUGCCUUUUAUUUACGCUUUUCACAGGCUUGAAUUUUAAGGAUAAAAGAGACAGGAGGCACCAAGCCCUCAUAGGCCAUUGAAUGACUUAGGAAAGGGCCAAUUCCUCCACCUUCUAUGUUCCAGUAGCCUAUGCUUUGUUCUCCACCAGGAUAGACAACCUUUCGCCCAUGUUGUCGGACUCCCAUCAGCCCCUGCAAGAAUGACCAGUAGUUGCUGAAGAUGGGAGUUGUAGUACAACCACAUCUACAGGGCGCAACGUUGGCUGCCCCUGUUUUGCGCACUAUGUACAGCAGUCUUCCCCAACCUGAUGUUCUCCAGAUUACAACUCCCAACACCAGCAGAGGCUGGUGAGGAUUGCAACCCAAACAUCUGGAGAACACCAGGUUGGGGACGUCUGCUUUAGAGCUGGAGAAGCUGUCAGCCUCCAGAUGUUGUGGAACUGCCAGCUCCCCAUCAUCCCUAAGCCUUGGCAAUGCUGGCUGGGUCUCAGAGGAGUUGGAUCUAGUUGGCCACAGCUUCUCCUGCCCUGGCCUUCUGGAGCCAGGUAGCAUUCUGGAGCCCUUACCACCUGAGCCCUGGAAGUAAAAAAAAAAGAAGCCCUUAAAAAAAAAAAUCUUCCUUUAUGUCAAAUAAGAAAAUAAAGACUGCAUGUAGUAAACUGGCAUCUCAGUCAAGGGUUUUAGCAGAGCAGUCUCUGCUGAUAUGCUAGCUUACUGCAUGCAGGGAGAUUUAUAGGAAUGAGAGAAUUACCAGCGCUAUACAAAGUCAGACGAUCUGAUUGUCUAGCCCACUACUCUGAUAGCUUGCUCUGGCUUGCGCCGACAUCCCACCACCUACUACUUGAACCUUUUAACUGGAGAUGUCAGAAACUGGGGACCUUCUCCAUGCAAAACAAGUGCUUCGCUUCUGAGCUUUGCCACCUCCCCUUCAUUAAAAACAUGACCCUUACCACAUCUGUAAUCCAAAGUGGAUUUGUCCAGAAUACAACCACACCUGUCUUAUCUCAUUCUGCCUAAUGGAGGGACCAACUUGAGGACAAGCAGGAAUAUAACCAGGAAUCUGGACUUCUACCUGACUGACCUGCCCGUGGGAUUCCUGCUGGAGAUCUCAAAGGAAUCUUGGCAGUCUUGGACCAGCUCUCAAGUCAGGGUUGGGGGAAGCUGUGGCCUUCCAGAUGUUGGUGAGCCACAUCUCCUGCCCUUGACCAUUGGCCAUGCUGACGGAAGUCGAAGACCAACGAAACCUGGAGGGCCACAGUCUCUCCAUCACUGAUCUAGAGCAACCCUCAAAAUGGAGGAGCCGUCAUAAGAACAUACCUAUGAAGCAGCUUUUAAGGCUGAAAAAGGAAUUGCGAUUGCAGCUUUAUUUUCUUUCUUAAUGUAACCAGGAGGAGGAAGAGAACUGAGGGAGGCAUGGGGUGAAAGCAGAGAUAGGAAUCCUUUUUUUAAAAAAAAAGGAUGCGGAAGGGAAAAUGCUCUUGCUUCUUGGACCAACCGUGACUGAAUACAGGGGGACGGGAGAACAAUGAUAGGAAAAGAUGCUGACAUUCCACUAGCUUAAAUAAACCAAGCGGGCAGAACUACAUCUUAGAAAGCACCAACAGGAGAGCAUUUUCUGCAACAUUGCAGAGAAUGGCAAAGCACAACACAGGCACCCCCAAACUUCGGCCCUCCAGAUGUUUUGGACAACAAUUCCCAUCUUCCCCAACCACUGGUCCUGUUAGCUAGGGAUCAUGGGAGUUGUAGGCCAAAACAUCUGGAGGGCCGCAGUUUGGGGAUGCCUGGCACAACUUCUCAGACUGUCUGGCUUGGCUAGUCUAGUAUGGGGAUAGUUGAGAAUCAAGUCCCAUUAAGUUAUUUGAGGCUUACUUCCUGGUAAGUGUCUAGGAUUGGCACCAUGCAGUUGUCUGUUAAAUAAAUACUUUUGUACAGGAA